CUUGUCUAGUUGUCUACCUUGUUGCCUUCUUGGAGCUCUGAAUCCGCUACCCCAUUCCCACCUAUUUCGCACAAACAGCCGCCACCCUGCGGUCAAAUGGAUAGUGUUAAACUUAUGCAUUAAAAACACGGUGUAUAAUAAUGUAAUUGAAUUAUAUUAUUAUAAUUCAUACGGUAUACAUAGUACUACGGUCACUAUCUAUAUCGAUCUGUAUUAUAUCCAGAACCAACCGGUCAGUCGGUCACUUUUGACUUCUAUAUAACAUCAUAUCAAGAUACACAUACCACCCAUUAAAUUACUCCUAAUCCGGGAUGGAGGCUACUUUCAGCUUACUUGCCGUGUGUGUUGCCUCAUCAGUGGCAUCCUUAGGCAUAAUAUUAUGGGGAGUGAUGGAUUGGGUGUGGUUCAAGCCCAAGAGGUUGGAAAAGUGCCUUAAACAGCAAGGCCUUAAGGGUAACCCCUACAGGCUCCUCUCUGGAGACAUGAAAGAUAUUGCCAGCAUGAUAAGUGAGGCCAAUUCCAAACCCAUGAAUCCCUCUGAUGAUUAUAUCGCUCCUAGACUCCUUCCCUAUUUCCUUCAUCUCAUCAACAAAUAUGGUAGAAAGUGCUAUGUGUGGAUGGGACCAAGGCCUGCUGUGUUCAUCUUGGAUCCUGAUUUAGUAAAGGAGGUUUUCAAUAAACACCAUGUGUAUCAAAAGCCUCAGAGCAACCCGCUAGGAAAGAAAUUUAUUCAAGGACUAGUCAGCAUUGAGAAAGACGUAUGGGCAAAACACCGAAGAAUAAUCAAUCCUGCCUUCUACUCUGAGAAGCUGAAGCUCAUGCAACCAGCUUUCUUGCUAUGCUGCGGUGAAAUGGUAAGAAAAUGGGAGGGGAUUGUCUCAGAAAAAGGUUCUUGCGAGCUGGAUGUGUGGCCCGACCUUCAAGGCCUGACGUGCGAUGUGAUCUCUCGAACCGCGUUUGGGAGCAGCUAUGAAGAAGGAAAGAUUAUUUUUCAACUCCAGAAAGAGCAAACCAAGCACUUUAUGGAAGCUGCACGCCAUGUUUAUGUCCCUGGAUGGAGAUUCCUGCCAACUAAGAGGAAUAGAAGAAUGAAUGCCAUUCAAAAGGAAGUGAAAUCAUCGAUCCGGUGUAUUAUAGACAAGAGGUUGAAGGCUGUGAAGGAAGGAGAGGCUAACAAAGAUGAUUUGUUAGGCAUAUUGUUGGAAUCUAACAUAGAAGAAAUAAAAAAACAUGGUAAAAAAGAAUUCGGAAUGAGCAUUGAAGAUAUCAUCGAAGAGUGCAAACUGUUCUAUUUUGCAGGACAGGAGACUACUUCCGUGUUGCUAGUUUGGACUAUGGUUCUCCUCAGCAAAUUCCAAGAUUGGCAAACCCGAGCUAGAGAUGAGGUUCUGCACGUUAUUGGCCAGGACGAGGCGCUUGAUUUUGAAAAACUAAAUAACCUCAAAGUUGUGACAAUGAUUUUGUAUGAGUCUUUGAGGCUAUAUCCACCCGUGCCUGGCCUGAUGAGGAGGAUAGUGGAGGAGACAAAACUUGGAGAAAUAGUUUUGCCUCCGGGGGCAAUGUUGUCAUUACCAAUACAAUUGCUACAUCUUGAUAGUGAGAUAUGGGGUGAAGAUGUUAAGGAUUUCAACCCAGAGAGGUUCAGUGAAGGGAUUAUUGGAGCAACCAAGGGUAAAAACGCUUUCCUUCCGUUUGGCGGAGGGCCUCGAAUAUGUAUUGGCCAAAACUUUGCUUUGGUGGAAGCUAAAAUGGCUAUCACAAUGAUUCUACAAAGGUUCUGCUUUGAACUCUCUCCUUCCUAUGCUCAUGCUCCUAUUUCAAUGGGGACCACUCAACCUCAACAUGGUGCUCCCCUCAUUAUGCAAAAGCUCUAAUAUGUUACUUAUGUUUAUGACCUUAAGGAUAAAACAAUGUGUUUCUGGCAAUGUGAAGGUACUGUCUCUGUAUAUAGACAUUUUUUUUUUCUUUUACUCUUUUUUACUUCUUAUUUUCAAGAGAAAUAUAUGUCAUAUCUUAUGCUUUAAUAUUCCACUGCCGUGUAUAAAUAAAAUUGAAAACGAAGAGUAAAAAGUCUGCAUACCUACUGCUACCUAAGAAUAAAUAGAUAAACAAACAGCAAUGGUGACAUUCUUGAGGAGAAAAAGGUGUAUCUUAAUUCAGUGAAACCAGCCAUUGAGUCUAGGAGUUAAGUCUGGGAGGACUGGACCUCAUGUUUGUAAGCGGACAUCACAUAAGAACAAUGUCCUGUCCAAAGCUGAUGCAAGCAGAUACAUCAACGCCAUCAAGUCCUUGUCCACUGGGACGGGCUCAAGCAUUUUUGUAUCUAAUUAUAGGACACAUUAUGUUCUAUGCCACGGGUAGUUCCUUAAGAUCUGGGGUCAUCAAUCUUCGUGCUGUUAUGUUAUGGAGACGUACGUAUGGAGAUGAACCGCCCUUCACGUUCUCUAAAAGCAAAGUGUUGAUCACAAUUCAGCUGCAAAUGGCAAGCUUGCAGAGGCAGCAGCAGCCACAAGAGGUGCUGUUGCAUCACAAGUAGCUGGAGUGACAUUGAGCAGAAUGAAUGGCACAAACAUUUUGGUGUGCUGGACAUUUACCAUUUUGUUGCAAACCAAGCCCUCUAAACCAGGAUGACCACUUAGACCAGCGGUGUGCUAUUAUAAGAUUUUCUGUGAAAUCACAUAAGCCUUCACACAAUCACAAUACAUCCAGAAGCGGUGUGCUAUUAUGGCCGGUUUGAUCUGAUCACUAAAUCGGAUUGUCAAUUUAUUAGAUUCCACACUUAAUGUCGCAGUCUUAGAU